CUCUCUCUCUCUCUCUCUCUCUCUCUCUCUCUCUCUCUGGCAGCUGCACAUGUAGAAAGCUGCAGUUCUCUUCAUUAAGUGUCUGGACGUUGGACUAUCUGUGGACUAUGAUGUUGGAGCUGCUGUUUUUCGCAGUCCUGUUAAUCGGAGGCUAUUUUCUUCUUCAUGUGACUUAUCUGAAGUUGCCCAGAUGUAAAAGUACUGCAAAGUUAGAUGGGAAAACCGCCAUCGUCACCGGAGCAAACACCGGCAGUAAGACCACAGCGGUGGACCUGGCCAGGAGGGGGGCGAGGGUGAUAUUGGCGUGCAGGGACAGACGGCGAGCUGAGGCUGCCAUCUUGGAAAUCAUCCAGGAGACGGGGAACAGCCAGGUGAUCUUCAUGCAGCUCGACCUGGCCAGUCUGAAGUCUGUACGCUCAUUCGCUGAAGACUUCCUCCGGUCCGAGUCCAGGCUGGAUCUGCUCAUCAACAACGCCGGUCUGAUGAACAGCGGAAAGACUGAGGACGGCUUCGGGACGAUCUUUGGUAUCAAUCACCUGGGUCACUUCCUGUUGACGGUGUUGCUCCUGGACCGGCUGAAGGCCAGCGGGCCGAGCCGCGUGGUGACCGUAGCCUCCAAAGCAUACACAAUAGGAAAGGUGGAUUUUAACUGUCUGAUGACUCAGAGAGAUGUAAGUUUGGGCGAGAACGACUUCGAGCUCUUCCAGAAGUACUGCCACAGCAAACUGUGCAACGUGCUCUUCACCUACGAGCUCGCCAAGAGGCUGCAGGGCUCCGACGUCACCUGCUACAGCCUGCACCCAGGAGCCAUAAAGACAGAGAUUGGUCGUUACUCUGGCUUCUGGUGGAGGCUCUUCCUGGCGCCUAUCAUCUUCCUUUUCUUCGUGGAUGCUGAGUCCGGAGCUCAGACCACGCUCCACUGUGCCCUGGAGCCAGGCAUCGAGCACCUCAGCGGCCGCUACUUCACCUGCUGUGCACCGAAAAUGAACAUAGAGUCGAAGGCGCGAGACGACGACGCGGCCAAGAAGCUGUGGGAGCUCAGCGAGACUUUCUGCAACCUGUCCUGAAACAAUACCUCAAAUAUAUGCUUUGCUUUUAACUCCUGAGUAAUGUCUCAAUUGUUAAACACAUAUAGUCAAUUAUUAUAAGACACUAAGGGGAUUAGAAGACAAGCUCUCCAUCUUUGUGUGUGCUUCUUUACACCUGUGUGGCCUUUCAACUAUUCAAUAAAAGUGAAAGCUAAAGAGUCUGAGUGUACCUGAACGCAUCAACAAUAUUAAAUACCACAAGAUGAUAAUUGUUGAUUCACAAAAGGUGACUAAAUGUUUGCUGCAGGUUAAUCUGAAUUAAAUGACUGCAUCCUGCUCCUGCAUGCUAAAUAUCCUCAACAAAUAUCGAACAUAUGGCCAUAUACACAUAUUAUAUUAUUAUUUUCUACAUAUAUUUUGAUCCAAACAGAAAUCUGUUUUACAUACAUAAUUCUAUAUACAUAAAUUAUGAAUACAUCUGCUUAUGACGUAAUUCAGAUAUGUACAAUAGCCCACUGGAUUAAUUAAGCAUGAUAUAAAUUUCUGUUUGUUUUGCAAAAUAUUUGAAAAUGAAAUUUUUAUUCGUGAUAUGUUUUCUAUUACACGGAAGUAAUGAAAACACACCUGGUGUUAUGUAACAACAGUAUUUAAAUAAAAGGUAAGAUAUGCAAAAGAAAUCAGCCUUGAUACGUAGUUAAUAAAUACAUUUUUAACUUAAUAUCUCUAAUAUUUUGCAUAUUUAAAGGAAGAAAGUAAAAGUAAAAAAACGCCAAACAAUAAGGAAGUAAAGCUGAUGUCAACAACACACACACUGACAUUUCUGGGAAUAUUUAAAAUACUUUAAAAUAAAGUUUAAAAAUGUUA